CCGCCCCGCGCCUUAUCUGAAAGGUCGUGCGCCUGCGGCUUGCUGAAUGAGGUUGCUGGUGGUGGUCCCGGCUCCAACUGCGGCUCCGGUUCCGACUGCGGCUCCGGCUCCGGCUUCAGCUCCAGCCGGGACAGUGAGGAGGCGAGGAUGUGGGGGCCAGUGACUGGGCUUCCCGCGCGGUUGUCGAUAGCUACCAUGGCCGGAGCUUGCCUGCGCCGCCUCUGUGAGACCGGCCCGGGGUGCCUGACGCGGCCUCACCGGCUCCUAUCCCAGUCGUGCCUGGAACCCGUGUCCUGGACAGUCGCGAAGUCGGAGGCGUCGCCGCGGAAUAUGACACGGCAUAGGCUUUUCGCGGGCAGCGCGAAGGUGGCGGACACUGUGGUGCAGCUCCUGCAAGCAGGGCCUCCGGGAGCCGGCCCGCGGAUCUUAGAGUGCAAUCCCGGGCCUGGACUUAUUACCUGUGCAUUACUCAAUGCUGGUUUACAAGUGGUUGCACUUGAAAGUGACCUGACUUUUCUUCCAUAUUUAACGACCUUAAAAAAACAUCCGGGUAGACAACUAGAAGUAAUCUACUGUGACUUCUUCCAUCGAGAUCCCAGUAAUAUAACAACACCACCACCUGCUAUGUUUACCGAAACACUUUUCAAGAAUUUGGGAAUAAGCAAAGUUCCUUGGGCAGCAGAUGUUCCUGUAAAGAUAGUUGGAUUCUUCCCAACUAAAACCGAAAGAACUGUACUUUGGAAACUUUUGUAUGACCUCUAUUCUUGUAGUUCCAUAUAUAACUAUGGACGGAUAGAAUUGAAUAUGUUUAUUAGUGAAAAAGAAUACAAGAAAAUCAUUUCAAAGCCAGGUGAAAAGGAUUAUCAAACCCUGAGUGUUCUCUGGCAAACAGCUUGUGAGAUAAAGCUUUUGCAUAUGGAGCCUUUAUCGUCAUUUGUAACCUUUAAAAAUGGAGAGCUGACAUCACUAAAGAGCAAGGAAUUAAAAAACAAGCACCUGUGUUUUAUUGAAUUAACUCCUCGAAGAAAUUUAUUUACGAAUAAUUUGACACCUGUAAACUCAUAUAAUUUUAUAUGUCUGGUUAAACAGUGUCUUAACAAGAGCAAGUCUAAAUUAAUUGAUAUAUUUAACUCAUGGUGUAUAUGUGAUACAGAGGAUUUGCUUCAGCAUCUAAAAAAGCAGAAACAUGAACGUAUAGGCAGUUUGUACCCAGAGGAGUUUAAAUACCUUUUUGAAGCUUUGGAGAGUUCUGAAACAUUUACCCAAAAAUGGUUAUAUGAUCAUUCCCAGCAAAAUGAAGUUGCAGAAAAGGCACAAAGAUUUCAUUAACUGGAGCAAUUCCUUUGAGAAAUUAUGAUGCAAAUUAAAAAGGAAUGGGUUUGAAAAGUUUACAUCCUUUCAACUAAGAAUAAAUGGCUUUGUUUUACACAGUCAGAGGAUGAAUUUGCUGAAAAUUCAUGCUGUUUUUUUUUUAACAGUUGGUACUCUUAAAUGUAUAAAAUGUGUAAGUGAAAUUUCCAUUUGACUACUGAUUUGAUGAACUGAAAAUUAAGAGUUUUGUUUGUUUUUUUUCUUGGCAAAAUUCUUCACUACUACAAAACUGGUUGGUAAAUUGAGUUAAUUAUCGAAUGGAAAUUCAUUUCGUAAAUUCCAGCCCUAUUGUUAAAACAUCUUAAGUUGAAUACAUUUAAGUAUUAUACUUUCACAUGGUUUUAUUGCUGGUUACAUUUCAUCAGCCUUGGAAAGCAAAUUAGAUUGACCUAAUUAAUUGCAAAUUUUACUUUUGAAGUUUGUGAAGUUACAGUUGAAAGAUCUACAAAAUAAAAUAAUUUAAUGUUUUACCUAAGCUUUUUUUUUUUGAAAUUAUAUAUUUUUUUCCUAAUGGGUUUUGUGAUAUUCUUACAAAGCCUAAU